AGUACUAAGUCUGCCAUAUUUUUUCGGCGUGAAGGCAACGCAAGUGAAAUACGAAGGCCUGCAAAUUAAGAUAUUAUUAGCAAAUUACUCCUUGUGAAAAGUUAAAAAACACAUAAAUGGCGCUAAACCCACAAUACGAUGCCAUCGGAAAAGGAUUUAUUCAACAAUAUUACACGCUAUUCGAUGAUCCGGCACAACGGGCAAGCCUGGCAAAUAUGUACAACGUAGAAACAUCUUUCAUGACUUUUGAGGGAGUUCAAUUGCAAGGUGCUGUGAAAAUUAUGGAAAAACUAAAUGGCUUGGCAUUUCAAAAAAUUACAAGACUAGUGACAUCUGUGGACUCGCAACCGAUGUUUGAUGGUGGUGUUCUCAUUAAUGUUCUUGGCAGGCUCCAGUGUGACGAGGACCCCCCGCACCCGUACAUGCAGAGCUUCGUGCUGAAGCCUCUCGGAGACACGUUCUUCAUCCAGCACGACAUAUUCCGCCUUGGCAUCCACGACGUCGCCUAAACGCAGCGCUUCUCUUAGAGCAAUAAUUCGAGUCGAGCUAGAUCAAACUAUAAGUACCAAACACCACGCUAUAAUCUUGUUUCGGUUAUCUAGGUAUAAGAUACACACGUUUUAUUGCCUAUAUUGGUAAAUUCUAAACUUCUUGUAUAGUUCACCUAAUUAGCUGAAUUUCGUUUUUGGAUUUUCAUAGUUUGGCUUUGUUAAAUGCAUUGUCAGCUUAAUCAGAUAUAAUGGCGAGACUUCCCUUUCAGUUACAUGUAUACUUUUUGUAAUAAAUACAUUAUAAUUUUUUAA